ACCCGUUUUAGAGGAAAUACUGGAUUUCCCGUGAGAUUGACAGUAAUCUCAUAAUCAUGGACGAUUCUGUAUUAAUGCCAUAUAAUAAAAUACCACAAUAUCAGCUUGCUACCGUGUUGCUUGUUGGAUCUGAGGGUAUUGGUAAACAUGACUUGGGGAAGUGUUUGAUCAAGAAUUCCUGGUUCUACCUGCAAGUAAGGACAGCUAUCACUCUCCCUUUACCGGUGACCUCGGACAAUUCUCGUCCCAGGAUAGACUACAUCUGCUUCCUGAUUGAUCUCACCAGCAGAGACAGCUUAAAAACAGUAGAGGAAUCAUUGAAGCAUGUUGAUGUUAGAUAUUUCCUAGGACAGUGCUGUUUUAUUGCUUUAAAAGUGAAGAAUCCAGAGAAGAGAGCCAUUUUUAUUGAACAAAUUAUUCAGCUUUCAAAGCAGUAUAAAUCAGAUGUUUUAUACGGCUCAUUUGAGACAGAAGCAGAAUCCAUAUUUCUUGCAGAACAGAUUCUGAAAUCUGUAGAAAUUGCAGCAGGUAUGCAGAAAAAUGUGUCCCCCAUGUUUAUAGAAAGUACCCGUUUUGUGGGAACAGAAGAGGAGGGAGAGAACUGAGAAAUCUGCUGGUGAUGUUUUAUUUAUUCCUAUUUGUUCUCCUGUCAGUUUAGUGAAAAGAUAGUGAGAUUGAAGACUAGUGUCCAACCCAAGUUACACUAUUCACAUUCAGUGUAUUGCUAUGGGACUGUGAAAAAGACAACACCAUGCAAUUACUUCACAAACUCAAGAGAAAAUGUGCCGUUUUAAUACAGAUGAAGGCUAUUGGUGAUUUGCCAAAAUCACGAAAUAGUGUGUUGUUGUU